AUGGCAGAAAGUGUUUUAAACGUUAUAGAUACCUUAAGAAAUAAAACAGCUGAGAUUCUGAGUAGACCAAACAAUCGCGAAUUAGAGAUAGAUUUUAGAACAACUUGCUCAGCAAUUCAGACCAAUUCUAGCCUUCACGAUCCACUAGUAAUGCAAGCUUACCAAGAUUAUCUUAAUGCUUAUCAACAAAAAACAUCUCUUUAUAAUAUUGCAAGACUCAAUAAAUUUAGCUUAAUUAUUUAUAACACUGAAACUGAAAUCGAAGAAGUCAAAACCUUACAGGGACUACGGUGACUAGAUAUUUGCGUCUGCAUAACUCAACUUCCAAAUGGCAAGCUAUUUUGUUUAGGUAAUGAUGAAAAUUCUGCAGUUGCAAUGCUAAUUGGUGUGAAUGGCGGAGUCGAAAUGCUGCCACUUGGAACUUCGUGCAAAGUCUCAUCAUGUAUCUAUUUCAGCAACAGCGUCUAUUGCUUUGGAGGAUUUACUAGACCCUAUUGAUCUCUAUCUAUUAGAUUUGAUUUAGAUCAAAAUCGCUGAAUUAAAUUAUCCCCAAUGCCAAAAGCUGAUUCCAAGUGCAAUAGCAUAAUAUUUAAUCGAAAUAUUUUGAUUUCUGGAUGGAACAAUAGAAAUCUUUUGCUAUAUUCAAUUGAUAUCGAUUCUUUCUCGACAAUUCCUUAUGAGUUCGAAGAGCGUACAAGAAAAAUCCUGAUAAAUGCAGAGAGACUAUAUUUGAUUGAAAGCCCUGGAUGAAUCUAUGAAAGCGAAAUUGGAAGCUACUUAAAUUGAAGACGGAUUAGAAAAUCAAUAAUCAAUAGCGACUCUUCUCAAGUGUAUUGUGUAUAUAAUAAAGGGGGUAUAUACAUCUCAUCUAUUCAUCCAUCAUUCAGAGAAUAUUAUUAUUUUAAUUUAGAUCAAAAAAACAUUAUUGAUUUAACUUUUUAUAAUACGAAUUACUGCCUUAGAAGAGUCGGCAAAAAAAUUGAAUCAAUAAAAUAUAACCAGAAUUUAAAGCUUGAUCCUUGUUAUCUGGAUGAAUGAAGUCUAAAAGGCAUGAGUCUACACAAAUUAGCAAAUAAUCUAGAAGAUAUCAAACAAUAUGAUGAAUGAAUCAAACAAAAUCCAAAUUGAGCUUGUUUUUACUAUAAAAAAGGCAGCACUUUGCGUUGUUUAAGAAGAUAUCUAGAAGCAAACGAAUGCUUUGACCAAGCAAUCAAACUCAAUCCAAAUGAUACUGAUUUUUACUUUAAUAAAGGCAAAACUUUUUAUGGUUUAAAAAGAUAUCUAGAAGCAAUCGAAUGCUAUGACAAAGCAAUCGAAAUCAAUCCAAAUGAAAGUCUUUUUUACCAUAAUAAAGGCAAAGCUUUUUAUGGCUUAGAAAGAUAUCUAGAAGCAAUCGAAUGCUAUGAAAAAGCAAUCGACCUCAAUUCAUACAAUGCCCAAGCUUAUAAUGAUAAAGGCAAUACUCUUUAUGUUUUAGAGAGAUAUCAAGAAGUAAUACAAAGCUAUGAUGAGGCAAUCAAACUUCAGCCCAAGAAUCCUUUACAUUUCUGCACCCGAGCUAGGGUAUUUAAUAAUCUCAGACAAGAAGAAGCAGCUUUACAGGACUUUAAUACGGCUUAUAAUUUAUGGCAAGAAUAUCAAGAAAGUGUAGUCGUUAGGUAUAAAUGGGAACUUUCUGAAAAAGAUAUCAAAUUUAUUAACGACGUAUUAAGCCGAGACCGUAUUGAACUACUUCAAAAAAUGCAGAUUUAA